AUGGCGUCGAUUGCUGCGUCGCUACAGGCGUCGCUGCCAAAACCGAAAUAUUCGGGCGAGGAUGAGGAGACUCUCUCUCGCUCACAUCAACGAGGCCCGCGUAUCGUCGGUGCCGGCCAGAUUGACGAGACGCAAAUCGUGUUGAAACGAUCAGGCCCGCCUCCGUAUGGCCAACGAUCCGGAUGGCGGCCACGGUCGCAGGAGGAUUUUGGUGACGGCGGCGCUUUCCCAGAGAUUCUGGUGGCACAUUAUCCCCUGGAUAUGGGCAAGAAGAGCGCCUCAACGAGCAACGCGUUGACUAUCCAGGUUGAUGCCGGGGGCAAAGUCAAAUACGAUGCGAUCGCGCGACAAGGGCACAGCCAGGGUCGAAUCAUACACACGUCGUUCAAGGACCUGAUUCCGUUACGACAGCGUGCUGAUGCUGGGGAGAUUGAUCUGGCUCGCCCCGACAAGGAGUCUGUGGCAGCCACGACCGAGAAGACCAAGAAUGCGCUCGCAGCCCUCGUUAGUGGCGCUGUUGCGGCACAGAGACCUAAGAACAUAAAUGUUGGAAACAGAAACGAUUCGACUUUUGUACGAUAUACACCUGCCAGUCAGAUGGGAGACAACUCGCAGAAACAAGACCGAAUCAUGAAGAUUGUCGAGCGUCAACGAGACCCAAUGGAGCCUCCCAAGUUCAAACAUAAAAAGAUUCCUCGUGGACCACCAUCACCACCCCCGCCCGUCAUGCAUUCUCCACCGCGAAAACUCACAGCCGAAGACCAGGAAAUGUGGAAGAUCCCGCCCCCGGUCUCCAACUGGAAGAACCCCAAGGGCUUCACGGUCCCUCUAGAUAAGCGGCUGGCUGCGGACGGUCGUGGCUUGCAGGAUAUCAGCAUCAAUGACAAACACGCUCAGUUUGCAGAGGCGGUGAAGAUGGCCGAAAGACACGCGCGAGAAGAGGUCCAACAGCGUGCGCUGAUGCAACAGAGGCUGGCGGAAAAGGAGAAGGCCCAAAAGGACGAAAAUCUUCGGGCGCUGGCUCAAAAAGCUCGAGAGGAGCGUGUGGGCGGUGGGCGCGGUCGCAGGCGGUCGCCCGAUUCAAGAGACUCCAGGUCACGACGGGGAAGUUACAGCAGAUCUGAUUCAGCAUCAGACAGCGAAGACUCUGAUAUUCGAGAGCGAGAGGAGGCACGACGGGAGAAGCGAAAGGAAGAGGAGAGGAAGCUGCGACAGAACCGCAUGGGUACCGAACGUCGUAUUCAGGUCAUGGCAAGGGAACAAAACCGAGACAUUUCGGAAAAGAUAGCUCUGGGUUUAGCCAAGCCUACACAGUCCAAGGAAACAAUGUAUGACUCGCGACUAUUCAAUCAGUCGAGUGGUUUCGACAGCGGAUUCAACGAAGAUAAUCACUACGACAAGCCACUGUUUGCAGCUCAAGAUGCCAUCAGCAGCAUUUACCGGCCGCGGGCAAACAUGGAUGAUGACGAUCCUGAAGCUGGCGACCAGGAGAUGGCCAGGAUUCAAAAGACUCGUCGAUUCGGAGAGACACUUGGCAAAGGCACGUUUAAGGGGGCAGCUGAUGUAGAGGCUCGCGAAGGACCGGUGCAAUUUGAGAAAGAAAUUGCCGACCCAUUCAACGUGGACAAAUUCCUGUCCGAGGUUGACCAGAAUUCUUCGUCAAAGAGGGGAUACGGGUUGAACGACGAAGAACGGCAACCAAAGCGGCCGAGGGUAGAGGACGAGGAUGAUUAA